UCAGAAUGGAGCCUGGAGGAGGAAAAUACGUUAUUUAGUUUGUAGAAGACGACAAACUCUGUUCAUGUCUUCUAAACAUUUAUCAUCGUCCCUCUGACGACAUGUCGAGAGAAAACACCACUCGGAGCUUGGACAGUAUAGACCUCGCUGCUUUACGAGAUCCAGCAGGUAUUUUCGAGUUGGUAGAGGUUGUUGGCAAUGGAACCUACGGGCAAGUCUACAAGCUUCGGCAUGUAAAAUAUGGUCAGAUCGCCGCGAUAUCACGCAGAGAUAAAACUGAAGAAGAAGAGGAGGAGAUAAAGCUGGAGAUCAACAUGUUGAAGAGUUAUUCUCAUCAUAGAAACAUUGCUACUUAUUAUGGAGCUUUUAUUAAGAAAGGUCCUGCUGGACAGGACCACCAGCUAUGGUUGGUGAUGGAGUAUUGUGGAGCAGGCUCUGUGACGGACUUGUUGAAGAAGACCAAGGGAAACUGUUUGAAAGAAGACUGGAUCGCGUACAUUUGCAGAGAAGUCCUUAGGGGUCUUUCACAUCUUCACUCCCAUCAUGUGAUCCACAGAGACAUUAAGGGACAAAACGUUUUGCUCACAGAGAAUGCUGAAGUCAAACUGGUUGACUUUGGAGUCUCAGCUCAGUUGGACAAGACGAUCGGUCGGAGGAACACCUUCAUUGGUACUCCGUAUUGGAUGGCUCCAGAGGUCAUUGCCUGUGAUGAGAAUCCUGAGGCCACAUACGACUACAGGAGUGACCUCUGGUCCUUGGGUAUCACUGCACUGGAGAUGGCUGAAGGAGCCCCUCCUCUGUGCGACAUGCAUCCAAUGAGAGCUCUGUUUCUAAUUCCACGCAACCCUCCGCCCAAGCUGAAAUCUAAGAAAUGGUCAAAACGUUUCUUGUCAUUUGUUGAUGGUUGUCUCAUCAAGAACCACCUGCAUCGACCCACCACUGACACGCUGCUGAGACACGCCUUCAUCAGAGAUUUGGCUAACGAGAGACAAGUUCGUAUCAUGCUGAAAGACCACCUGGACAGAACCAGGAAGAAGAGAGAGAAAGAGGGUCUGGAGUAUGAAUACAGUGGCAGUGAUGAUGACGAUGACGAAGUGACUGAGGAGGAAGGAGAACCCAGCUCUAUCGUCAAUGUUCCUGGUGAAUGGACCUUAAGACGAGAGUUUCUCCGUUUGCAGACAGAAGAUUGCGAAGCAGGAAGAGAGUUAGGUCCAGGAGGAGGUGGUGUUCAACAAAGGCGACAGGCAUUACAACAGCACAGGCAGCAGUUAGCAGAGCAGGAACGGUACAAGCAACACUUAAUCGCAGACAGACAGAGGAGGAUCCAACAACAACAGGAGCAACGGCAAAAGUUUGAAGAUCGCCUGCAGCAGGCUGACUGUGCCUUUCAAUGGGCGGAGCUUCAGGAGAUCCUGCUGGGGGAGGAGUCAGAUCUACUUGACAACAGGAUUUUACUUGAUGACAGAAAUAGAAAGAGUGACAGGAAGCAGGAUCCGGUUGGCAGACAGCGAAGCAGUAACGUGUCAGUAAGGCCUCCGGACGCCUUCGCAGAGCAGCGGGCCGUAGCUGCAAAUCAGCUGCUUCAGCAUAAGGCCGAGCGCUCUCAGCAUCAGUUGCCUUCAGUCAGUCGGAGAUCCCACCGCACCCUGCCCAAAGACCAAACCCAGCUCCUGUCACUGCAGCACGACAACAGACACAGGGAGAGAGAAAAGCCUGUGGCAGCUGUUAAGAAGUUAACAGCUAACGCUGAGUCUACUACUGCUUCCUCCCCCUGCCGCCCUGCAAACUGCCAGCGCUCAGUGAUGGACUUCCAGGAGUCAGAUUUGACUCGGCUGUUGUUGGCUGCUGGUCUGCCCAGCCAGAUGCACUCUCCGCUGGGUUCUGGAAGUAGUUCUAGCCCUUGUACUCCAGCUAUGCAGAGAGCUCACUUUAACCAGAAUACCAAACUGUGCUCAAGUCGAGAUGCCCGCCACAGCAGCUCUUUGACAGAUAUGGCCAACUCCUCACAAUCCCCCAUUUUGCCCACUGUCCCUCUUACACCAUCAACUGAAGACGUCUUCUGGGACUCUGAUACUCCGCCAAAGGUUCCAGAGCGCACUACCUCUAAGUUCUACUGUAAAGAACUGGUGAUGGGACACAAGAGGACCGCAUCAAGUGGAAGUCCAGUGUCUGUGGCAAGUGAAAAUGGAAGAUCUGUGACUCACAGAGGCUCCUCUAGCAGCAGCAACCACCCAGGUUACUUCCAACUGGAGAGUUCUGUACUACAACAACGUCUACAGCAGCACAGGAAGACACAAGAAACUGGAAUGGGUGGACAGACACAAGGUGUAAAGCCUGCUCUCAGUCGGCUUCACAAGGCUACGGAAUAUUCUUCUUCCAGUGAUGAAGUUGGCAGCAGUGAUGAUGAAGAAAGGUCCAGGUCUGGUUUGUCCAGUCGUAAAGAGAAAUACUUCAAACAAAUACCUGAUGGCAUUGUACUGCAGCCACACCACAAUCUCAACCAGUUUUCCAGGAUAGGUUCAGAUGAUACCUAUCUGCUCCCAGACCUUUUACAAAAAACCUCCUCCUCAAGUUCCAUCCAUAACGUGCUGGGUCUGCAGCAGCGAUCAUGUGGACUGCAUCACUCUCAGUCCCCCACAGCUCCCCGUGCUCCCACACACGACGAGCUGCACGCUGUGAGCAGCCCUACAGGAAACAUCACAUCUUCUUCCUCCUCUUCAUCAUUCCUGUCCUUCAUUGAUCCAAGACUGAUGCAAAUAUCACCACCACAGAGCCCGUCACGUGGUAAGAGUGAUCCACUCCAGAGGGAGAACCACAGAAAAGGCUCUGUGGUGAACGUGAACCCAACUAACAUUCGACCACAAAGUGACACUCCGGAGAUCCGCAAGUACAAGAAGAAAUUCAACACGGAGGUUCUGUGUGCCGGCCUGUGGGGUGUGAAUCUGUUGGUGGGGACAGAGAACGGUCUGUGGCUGCUGGAUCGGAGCGGACAGGGCAAAGUCUACUCUCUCAUCAGCAGACGAAGGUUUCAGCAGAUGGAUGUACUGGAAGGACUCAACGUACUCAUCACUAUAUCAGGUAAAAAGAACAAGCUUCGUCUGUACUACCUGUCCUGGUUAAGGAACAAAAUCCUCCGUAAUGACCCAGAGGUGGAGAAGAGGCAGGGCUGGACGUCAGUAGGAGACUUGGAGGGCUGUGUACACUAUAAAGUGGUACGUUACGAGAAGAUAAAGUUCUUGGUGAUCGCUUUAAAAAAUGCUGUGGAGGUGUAUGCCUGGGCCCCAAAGCCUUACCACAAAUUCAUGGCCUUCAAGUCAUUCAGGUCUCUGCCUCAAAAGCCACUGUCUGUUGACCUGACAGUGGAGGAAGGUCAAAGGUUAAAGGUCAUCUACGGAUCCUUGUCUGGUUUUCAUGCCAUUGAUGUCGACUCUGGAACACCUUACGACCUCUACCUGCCCACACAUAUCCAGGGUUCCAUUCAUCCCCACGCCAUCAUCAUCCUGCCAAACAGCGCGGGAACAGAGGUUCUGGUUUGCUACGAAGAUGAGGGCGUGUACAUCGACACGUAUGGUCGCAUCACCAAGGAUACGGUGCUACAGUGGGGGGAGAUGCCUGCAUCAGUUGCCUACCUUCAGACUAACCAGGUGAUGGGUUGGGGGGAAAAGGCCAUUGAACUGAGGUCGGCAAACACGGGGAACCUCGAAGGCGUCUUUAUGCACAAAAAAGCCCAGAAGCUCAAGUUCCUGUGUGAGCGGAAUGACAAGGUGUUCUUUGCCUCGGUGCAGUCAGGAGGCAGCAGUCAGAUCUACUUCAUGACUCUUGGACAGAACUCGCUCUUCAACUGGUGAAGUCAGACGUCUCACUCUGUCAUCGGCUGCUGCUGUCUGGGCACAAGGUUUUGGGUUUGUCUGGAUGCCUUUGUUCCUGUGCUCAGCCUCUGACCUUCAGGAGAAGUGGAACUCGCUGGCCUGUCUGUCUGGAGAAUCCUUUUCCAUCUGAAUGUCCGGUGAUCUCAAACAACAUGCUUGAACACAUCUGGACGACUGACAUCUGGACUGCGACUCCUUCAGCUGCACUGACACACAUAUCUGGAUUUGAAAGUCAGCAAAAGCAUCUUUAAUUCACUACAGCUCACAGUGUCGCCGUCACUUCUGAAAACCUCCUGGAGGAUUAUCUCAUCUGAGCGCUGUGGUGAUCUGGAGCCGUGUGUCAUCUGUCCCAGCAGGGGGCGCCAUGAUUCCUGUUGCUGUCUGUGUUGUGUGUCUGAAUCUGGAUUGAGCAGAAUCUCCCUGUAUUCACGCUUGAUUUAACAAUAUGUGUUUGGAUUUUUUAUUUUAUUACCUCCAAAUCGUUUUUUGUUUUUAUGGUUUGUUGUUUUUUUUCAGUUUUAGCUGCACUUGAUUUGAUUCAUUCCUCAUCUGUCAACUCGUGAGGCCAUAACCGUCUGUUUAGAUUUGACCUCAUUCAGCUCCACUGGAAUCGAUGAUGAAGCAUUCUCUUUUUCUUUUCUUUUUUAAAGAACCCGCUCACAUGCACUGUAGCUCUGGUGUGAUGAUGGAAGUGGUCUGAUCCUGGACCAGCUGCUGCUGAACUCCAGUUAUUACGUGUCAUUACUUUGUUUUUGUGAGAACAUGAGUCCUUCUUCAGUCUGUUUCACAUGUUGUCAUCUGGGUAUUUGAACAACCGAGCAGCUGCCAAAAUACACAACUUUCCUCCAGACGUCACUCCAGCAACAAGAUAAAAAA